GGAGGCGUUCGUCGUGGGAGGCCAUGCGGGUUCUCUUCCUAUCCCGCCUUCUUUCUAGCUUCCCUCUCUCUCCUGUGUAUCGCAAAUGGUACUCCGUACCUACAUGAAUUGAAUCGUCGAGAAGAGGAAGAAACAAGAAUCCGUGUGCGUACUUCAUGCUAUAUCUCUCGCGCAUAUGACGAUGCCACGCGGCGGAACGACAGUUCGGGUCCUCGGCGUGACCUUCACGUUACAGUGCGUUAUCAUCAUCGUGGAUGCGUUCAACCUGGAACCGCGGUUACCCCUUAUUAAACAGGGGCCUCCCAGCUCCUAUUUCGGCUAUUCCGUGGCUCUGCAUCAGAGUGUCAAGUAUGAGGGUGCUUCGCGGGGAUUUGGCGGUGCUGGUGGUAGUGGCGGUGGUUUUGGUGGUGCUGGAGGUGCUGGAGGCGGGGGUUCCUUUGGUGGCAGUGGCGGUGCUGGAGGAGGCUUUUCGCCAGGAACCGAGAGCUGAGGAGGAAGUCACGUACCCGCUCAUUGGAGGGUUGUUGGUGGGAGCACCGUUAGGACAGAAUCUUCAACCGAGCACAAACAAGUCAGGGGCUCUCUUCAAGUGCCCCAUUACCACUCGACGAAACGACUGCAAACAGGUCGUCACCGACGGAAAACGAGCUGGACCCCAUUCGGAGUAUUUCCCACCGAACUCGGAGGAGGAGAUGAAGGAUGGCCAAUGGCUCGGCGUCACCGUCCGCAGCGCUGGUCCUGCCGGCAAAGUCAUGGUGUGUGCCCAUCGAUACGUGGUGAAGAGCGACCCAAAUUCUCGAUGGGGACAGGGUCUCUGCUAUACAUUGAAGCAGGAUCUUGCCUGGGACCAGGCCUGGCAACCCUGUCAAGGCGAAUCCAUGUACAAAGCCCACGAAGAAUACGGGUACUGCCAGGCAGGCACAAGCGGGUUCGUGACCCGAGACGACUUGGUACUCAUCGGUACCCCAGGUCCGUACACGUGGCGAGGAACUGUCUUUGCCCAUAACAUCUCCGACGAUUACUUCGACCGGGACAAGACCAAGUACCUCAUCCCCGUGGAAGAGGGCAAAUCUCCUGUCGAGAAGUAUAGUUACCUCGGAUUCUCGGUGUCGUCGGGGAAAUUCUUUCCGGGUAAAAACGCGGAGACAUACGUGGCUGGUGCCCCCCGUUCCCAGACGACCGGCGAGGUGAUCUUCUUCGAACGGGGCGGAGGAUCGACCAGUCAGACCGAGCCGCAGAUGAGGAUUCUGUCGCGACUCCUAGGGGAAACGUUCGCCUCUGGCUUCGGAUACGAACUCACCGCCGCCGAUAUCAACGGGGACGGGGUGACGGAUUUGGCAGUGGGAGCGCCGUUUUACUUCGACCGGGAUUCCGGCGGCGCCGUGUAUGUGUACAUAAGCGACCCCAAGACGGGCUUCCGAGAGAAUCACCCUUUCACUAAGCUGAAGGGAAGGAAGAAAGAAUCGAGGUUCGGAUUCGCCUUGACCAACCUGGGUGAUUUGAACAAGGACGGUUGCCAAGAAAUCGCAGUCGGGGCACCCUAUGAAGACGAGGGUGUUGUCUACAUCUACCUGGGCUCACGCCACGGCAUCAGCACCUCUCCAUCGCAGGUCAUCCGAUCAGUGAGAGGUGCCUACAUGCGCACCUUUGGCUAUUCCCUGUCAGGUGGGAUUGACAUAGAUGGGAAUGAUUACCCAGAUCUUCUAGUGGGAUGUUACAGCAGUGAUAUGGUGAUUGGGAUCCGAUCCCGGCCUAUCACCCAUAUUGAAACAAGGAUUGAAGCCAUGGAUGGACUAGAAAACAUUGACCCUACAAAACCUGGGUGUCAGAAGGAUCUAGAGUCUAAGGAUGUCUGCUUCAGCUUCAAGGCAUGUGUACGGAUGGCUGACUCUCACCGGGAAGCACAGAUGAGCCUGUUGUAUCACCUGGAGGCAGAGACCCACCUGGAAAGGAACAAAUUCUCACGGGUGAGAUUUUCUGAUGGGAUUACUGAGCGCCCUCACAUAGUGGAGCGUCGCAUCACCAUCAGUGCCUUCAAGGAACACUGCUCUCAAGAGACUGCCUACCUCAAGCCAAAACAUUUCACUCUUACUUCAACUUAUCUAGGCCACAGUAUUCCUUCCAAUACAUCCCAAGAUGUUUUGGAUGUGUUUAGAUUCUUGAGGAUGCUUACAGUCCCAGGAGUGUUCCCAAAUGGAUCUGCACAUGUGGUUUAUGCUGAAAACCAGGAUUCCUACAUGCAAAUUGUAUUUACAUUUGAGGUGUAG